UCGCAUCAGCAAGCUCCGAGGGCUGUCAUUUUCUAACUUGAUAACGGAGAGGCUUGAGAUCCCUAAGUGGCAAAGCACGUUAGCUGUCAAUUCCCAUUUCAUUCCGACUAAAGCCAUAACUUAUACACGUGCCCUCUGCUGGGCCUCAUAUUUUCAAGAAUGCGAUAUUUUAUGAGACAAAACUCGUUACGGAAGACGCAUAAGAAAGGAAAGAAAGGCCCACAGACACAGCCACUCACAGCGCAGCUGUCUCCAACAUCGGUACCCUGACGGCAAACGGAUACGCAUAUUGACAUCCCGCAGGUUGGAGGUAAUGAAAGAUUGCUAUAUUCUGUAUUCGCCGGGAAAUUAACCUACGGGCUCAAUAUUACAGAGUCAAAAUGAAAGGAGUGCGCCGACUGGCCCGGACGUUUGAAGGUGAGGGAGGUGGAUAGUGUGACAGACCCGGUAUCUACCCUGACGGGCUUGUCAUGUCCACCAUUGCCGGUCAGUCAUCUAGGACGUCCUUCAACGCAAAACAGCUGAAAUACGCUCCUGAAGACUGCGUAAAAGACUGCGUAAGCCUCUCCAUUGUAAGUAUACAUCUAAGCCUUAUUUCAUGCAUGACAGGCAAGAUGGACGAUUGGGUGUAUUUCCCAGGCUAUUGCACAUCCUGGUGUAGUCUGUCAUGUGUUUUCACCUGUCAGGAGCCCGACCGUCUCCCGUCGGUUUGCCCAGGUAUCCUGAGGUUAGGCAUGUCAGGAGCGGCUUUACACCUAGUCCAUCCUCGGUGGGUAUUCUUUAAUCGCAUCGCCACAGACCAGGUAAUUCUACAGAUCAGGGUCUAGACAUUAGCUAUUUAUAUAACCUCCCUAGAGGGGGCUGAUGUAUAGCUAUUCUUUCGUGGCACAAAAAAAGUUGUUAUCAUAUUAAUGGCGGUACAUUUUGUGUUAUCGAUCGAGCUGUUGUUGGAUCUCGCAUGUUGACAGCUUCGCGCGUGAAUCGGACCGGAUGAUAUAAAUGAUAUCUGACGACAAGUUAGCUUUGUAGAGUGCACCUUUGUUAUGAGAUUUCCCAUAACAUUCCCCCGGCCAUCAUCGGUGCAUUCUCGUUAGGUUUAUCCCGUCGUAUUUGACUUGAUUUCGAUGUGAAGGAUUAACGCGUUUUUCUUUAACCCCAACGCUCCCUGGUGUAAAGAGAGCAAAUCUGUAGGGAACUACAACUUCUAUCAGAUGGGUGUUUGAUUGGACGAGGGUACUGCUGCUCAACCCCGGUCCAUUCCAGUCUUAUUGGGCGGAUAGACUGUGCAGGCAGCUAGACAGACAACCGUUCGACCGACCAGGGAAGUCAUGAUGGCGGCCUUGUGUGCCGCGCUGAUCCUCGCAGCUUUCCACCACACUACAGGAGUGACAGUGUCACCAGGGUCCUACACCACCGUGACCGGCUUCGUGGGCGAGACCGUCAUCCUCCCCGCCAGUCACGGCCAGAACUACACCGUCUUCGCCGAGACCUGGAACAAGAUGAUCGGCGGCGUGCACGGAGUCCGGCAGGCUGUCUUCAUGUUCUCUCCCGUCACCAACACCACCAUGUCGCUGGGGCCGCUCAAGGGACGGGCGGACCUGGGGACCAGGGGGUCACUCAAGGUCACCGACGUCAGGCAGGAAGACGAGGGUCUGUACGUCCUGACCAGCCUGCUGGAUGUGAUUGGACAAGAGGAGUACUACGUCAUCUUGAGGGUGCUAGCAAGACCUGGUGUGAAGAUCGACUCCAAGAAGACAGUGGUGGCAGUCGAGGGCUCCAACAUUGUGCUAAACUGCUCAGUGAACGACAGCAGCACACUCAUCCAUCCGCCAUCUUGGAAACAAGAUGGCCACAAAGUGAGGGGCAGUCACGUGGUUACUGGGAACGUGAUUCGGGGCAAAGGUUACGUGUCCCGUCUCGUUCUCUACGCCGUGAAGAGGAACCAGGGCGGAAACUACACUUGUCAGGCCCUGCACCGUCACGGAAGAGAGUCAGAUUUCGUACAGCUGGAAAUAAAUUACCCUGGAAAAGUCAUAAAUGUAACCAACGUCAGCACCGAUAGGAACACAGUCGCUCUUCGGUGCUUAGCGGAGGGGAAGCCCGCCCCGAGCUUGGCCUGGUAUCGGUCGGGGUUCCCGCAAGCCAUCCGGUCUCGAGAGGGAGUCGAGAAAGUCGAGCAGCUCGUCCUGACCAUCCCCAAGUUCCAUCGGAACCAGAGCGGGGAGUAUUCAUGCGUAGCCGGCAACGGGAUAGGCGGGCCCCACUCUACCGCUGUCUACGUCUCGUUCGUACCACGGCAACAGAUGAGGAAACCAACGCCCGGGAAAAACAGGCAAGGCUCCGUGCUUGUCUGGGAAAACCAGCUCCUGCGAGUCAUCGUGUUUUCCGGCAUUGCCGCCUCCUCCGCCUGCCUGCUGCUGGUGAUACUGCUGACUGCCUUGGUUCUUUAUCGGGGAAGGCAAAGGUCUCGAGCAGAGUGUGACAGCGAUGAUCCUCAGGCAGUUGCAGAAGCUCCGAAGAUGCCGACAGAAACAAAUCCCGAAGACUGUAAGAGACCGGAUGUAUGGCACACACCGAGCAUCAAAUCCAUCCCUGCAACCAUGUGCAGGUCGCAUAAAGCAGCCAACUUGAGAAGGUACGUGGGGAAGGUGGUCAUUCCUUACGAGUCAGGCCAGCCCGGUUUUCUGUCCCUCAAGGUCAACGACACCGUGCAGGUCCUGAAGGCCAGUUCCUCGGGUUGGUUUUACGGCACCAGCGACGGCAAGAUGGGCGCGUUUCCCGGGGCGUGUCUGGACAUCACCAACCGUAGCUACUGCAACGGUACAGCGUGUCACAACGGCGAGCCAGAACCGGCGGACCACGGCCGAGCACAGGACAGACCUGACGGCCAGGAAAACGCUCCACUCCGCGGCUGCAGCAAAGACAACUUCGAACCGCACCACUCGAGUCCGGACACCGAGAAAGAAUAUUUCGUCAUACCGCUACAAAGACAGUCGUCUGAAAUGUCGGAAGAAAAAGCGUGCAACUGCCUGGAGUGCAGAGGAACGGGCUGCUGCGACGAGGACAAACGGGAAGCAGCAAAACUGAGAGAGCGAAAUCAAGUGCUAGACUAACAGUCUGCAAUUGCAAUGAUUGUAAAUAUGCUGCAGAAGAGAAAAAUUGCCAUGACGUACGUGGAAGGGAAUGGCUUUCUAUUUUGUAAUGUGUAUAUUGUUGGACCACAUCUGGAGGUCUUCUGUGUAAUGUGAUCAAGUCCUUCAAUGCAUCUAAAAUGUUGCUGCACUUGAAACAUAUGUAGGGCAAAAAAAUCUCUGUGAAACAAAUCACGCAGCAGCUGCAUGAUGCACUUUCUUGUUGUUCACAGAUGUAUCUAUGAUGGCCUAGAAACUAUGUGUUGAUAAGCUUGGUCGUAUUUUCUACUGCGUAAUUCAAAUUGCUGUGACAUUGCCACUGAGUGGUAGAAAUAAAAGAACGUCGUAUGGAUCUGGUCAUAUCUAAAACAAAAUACUCAGUAGCUAAACCCUUGUCGGCAAUAGUUACUCUUGAAAUAUCUUAAGAACUUGGCUACCGAGUGAAAGCAACUUUACCAGAGACUAUUAAAGUGUGUCAGACGCAAAAGGGC